CUUUGAAAGUUCCCUCUGGCCCUCACAGCCAACCAGCCAGCUUGCCAAGAAACAGGUUUUCUUGGGGAGAGGUGGGCUCUUCUGCUCAAUUUCAAUUUAAAGACUGAUCUUUUAACCUUUCCUUCCUUUUUCUCGGGGAAUACUCUGCUGGCAUUUUCAGAAUUAGAACAUGGGUUGGUUUCCCUGCUCUGGAAGAUCACACAAAAGUAACGCCAAGGUGAUGAAGAAGAAGAAAAACUUGGAGCUGCAGGAGAGCCCGCUUGAUCGGAUUAAACCCAGUUCAGAGAACUUGAAGAUAAGUUCCUCUUUAGCAUCCAAGGAGGCCUUUAAAAUCGGAGGCUCCAAUCAUAUUUCGGCUCAGAUAUUUACAUUCCGUGAGUUGGCAGCUGCGACUAGAAAUUUUAGAGCGGAAUGUUUUUUGGGUGAGGGAGGUUUUGGUAGGGUAUAUAAAGGGCGUUUGGAAGGGACCGAUCAGGUUGUAGCUAUCAAGCAGCUUGAUCGGAAUGGGUUACAAGGGAACAGGGAAUUCCUUGUUGAAGUCUUGAUGUUAAGUCUGCUACACCACCCUAACCUUGUUAAUUUGAUUGGUUACUGUGCUGAUGGAGAUCAAAGGCUUCUGGUUUAUGAAUACAUGCCACUAGGAUCUUUGGAAGAUCAUUUGCAUGACAUCGUACCUGGUAAGAAACAACUUGAUUGGAAUACAAGAAUGAAAAUUGCCGCUGGGGCAGCAAAGGGAUUGGAGUAUUUACAUAACCAAGCUGAUCCACCUGUUAUAUACAGAGAUCUGAAAUGCUCCAACAUUUUGCUUGGUGAAGGAUAUUAUCCCAAGCUGUCUGAUUUUGGCCUGGCCAAACUCGGGCCUGUUGGGGAUAACACACAUGUUUCCACAAGGGUCAUGGGUACCUAUGGAUAUUGUGCUCCUGAAUAUGCAAGGACAGGUCAACUGACUGUGAAAUCAGAUGUUUAUAGCUUUGGGGUUGUUCUUCUGGAGAUCAUUACGGGUAGGAGAGCAAUUGACAGUUCAAAACCUCCAGCAGAGCAGAAUCUGGUUACAUGGGCAAGACCAUUGUUCAAAGAUCGUGCAAAAAUCUGGCAAAUGGCUGAUCCAUUGCUUCAAGGUCAGUAUCCUCCGAGAGGCUUGUACCAAGUUCUUGCUAUUGGAGCAAUGUGUGUUCAAGAGCAGCCUCAUUUGCGGCCGGCCAUAGCUGAUGUUGUCACUGCUUUGACUUACCUUGCUUCACAAAAACAUGAACAGCGAGACCAAAGCUCCCGCCAGUCUCCCUGUUCUCCCCAAGUAAAGGGAAGUGCUAAGAAGUUCAAUCGUAAAGUGGAUCUGAGAGAGAUUGAAUAGAAGACUAACUAGAGAGUGUUUCUACGGUAGAAGUGAAUCCAAACUGGUUCCUUCCAUAAUGAGUCGGCUGGUGUCACACAGGCCAAACAUGGCUGCUAUUUUGGUCAUACCAAGAUUGAUGCUUAUAUAGGUGAUAUAUAUAUUUGGUUGGUGAUCAGAAGCUCAGUGCUUGGUUGUGAGUGAUUGGUUGUUGAGUUUCAAUCGUGCCUCGCUAUCAAAUUUUGUAAUGGUCUAGAUAACAGAACGAUACUGAUACAUUUGUCUUUAGAAGAUAUUUGCAUGUUCUUUACUUCAUGUGAAUCUGUGAUGGUGAGCUCAGGUUGCAGUACACAAAGAGGCAUUCACACUUGAGCAGUGUUUCCUCCCUUUGUAUUUACUAGUCCCAGCUGUGGUGACCUUUGGUUGAUCCUGGUGUUAUAUGAAAAAUUUCAACUUUUACAGUA